CUCCGGUGGGAGUUUUGAAAUUAUAACGCAUGUGUAUCUUUUGGAUUUACCUCUAAUGAUAUCUGUUGGCUAUGCCCAAGAAAUGGCCUGUUUAAGUUCAGAUCUGGAAAAUGCGAAAAUAUGUUCUCAGGCCAGCUGCCGUCGUGUUGCAAACCAUUGUUCAAAUCUUCUUGAUGCUGUACUUAUCUUCAAAACAUGGUUCAUCCAAAGGCAAAGUGACAUUUCACAUUCAACUUCUGAGUUAGAUGUUAAAUCUAAUGGUGAAUGUAGUAUUCUACCCUAUAAUAAUAAUAAUAACACUAUAAUGAAUGGUCAACAACCAAUGUUACACAAUCAAAUAAAUCAACACUCAGCUAAUAUUGAACGUGAUUGGGCAAUAAUGCAUGCUAAAAGAGCUGAGAGUCAGUUAAUUCGUCUACGAAACUCCGUUGUGGGUAUGCGUGCUCAACUUCAAGCUGGACUUCGUCAUAAACUUGAAUGUGAACAGUUGCGAAAGGAUUUGGAAAUGCAUAAAGAUACAAUAUCUCACUAUCAGAAUAUUAUCAACGAAGGUAAUCGGCUUCGUGAUGAUUUAAGAGAGGAACUAGCUCGUGUUCGAAAAGAAGUUGUUAUUUCCCGAUCACGAUUGGCUACAGCAACAGCCCAACGUCCUAUUAACAGUCCGGUUACUAGUACUCUGCAUGUUCCUACGAACCGCGUUGCUUUCGAUGAAGUCGAUACAAUGGCUACAGCAAUGAUGGCUAUGGCUGAUAAUCCAGAGCUUAGUCACUUAUGUAAUCUACCGCCUCAGGAUGUUAUCAUACAACUACGAACACAAAUAGAACAUCGUAUUAGAUUUUCAGAGUCUCUGAAAUCUGAAGUUGAAAACCUCAAAGAAACAAUCAGAGGAAUGCUUGAAAAGGAAGUUGCUCAAUCUAUCAUGAUUAAUUCAUUACGUACAGAAUUUAAAACUUUAGUUAAACCUGUUUGGCAUUUAUUACAAAAACAUUAUGAUUUAAGCCAAAUGAAAUCAUUAAAUGCAAUAUUAAAUAUCAAUUGUAUCACACGAAUAGCUAAACUUCUUACUAUUCCAAUUCCUGAUUAUGUAAUUAUGGAAUUAUCUCAAUUCAAUGAUUCUCAAUCUAUUGUUACAUCAAGUGAUUCUCAAAAAUCUCCUAGGAAAACUUCACAAUCAAUCAAUCAUUCUAUUUUAAGUGAAUCACCUCAAAAAUUAGUUGACAAAUCAAAUGACAACAUUCUUCACAUUAAUAAUAAUAAUUCAUCACCCUCUAAAUCUUCAAUUGAUCAAUCAGUUUUUGAAAUGAACAACAGUUUUAAUACACAAAGUUCUGCAGAUAAAACAAAUCAACUACCAAUUAUCAGUCCAAAUGAAGUAGACUUAGAUGAAUCUGGUCAAGAUGAAAUGAUCAAAAAUGAUACAUCUUGUGAAUUAGAUAAAGUAGAAUUGAUGUCUGUUUAUUCAUCAAGUGGAAGUAGUAGGUGUGGUAGUUUAAAAUUUCCUGAUGUCUCCUCGUCGUCAGAUGAUGAUGAUGAUGACGGUGCUUUUAAUAACGACGAAAACAAAAGUUUUGAGAAUAAUAAUAAUAAUAAUAAUAAUGACAACAAUAAUAAUAAAUCUUUACAAGAAUCUUGUGAAGAUUUAUUCGAAGAUCAAAAUGUAAUUACUCAAUCACCUCUUCAUCAAGAGAAUAUUACAACUAGUGAACUGAAUAUAUCAAUUGGCGAUCUUGAAGAGGAAUCAGUCAAUAUUAGUUCAUCCUCUAAUCAUGCUUCUUGUUCUCCUACGAUUCUAAAAGAUGUUCAAUUUGAGAAAAACAUAGUUCCUGACUUACAAGUAAAACAUGUUGAAGACAAUACUCAGUCAUCACAACAGCAUUUAAUCAGUUUGGAAGUAAUGUCAAGUAGUAGUGGUGUUAUGGAGAAAGAGAAAGAUGAAAAUGAAACACCAAGUUGUCCUAGCACAAAAGCAUUAAACUCUUCUCGUACAUCAAAAUCUUCUGAACACUCUCAUAGAAUGGUUACUCGAAGUAAAUUCAAAUGUAAUUCUCAACUAGCUGAUUCACCAUUGAAUAUAUCGUCUUUUCAUACGAAUGACAAUGUACCAGUGAAUUCUUACGAAAAAUUAUCAAAUUCUCAGUGUAAAUUAAUUUUAGAAAAUACGGUGACUUCGAAAAAGUUAACUAAACCAUCAUCAUUAUCUUCAUCAUCAUCUGUACAACAAUUAAAAAGUUUAGAAAAAAAUCAUAAACAUUCUAAAAUAAACUUAACCUUAGACGACAAUAUUCCCUCGCGUGUAUUAACUUGUCCUACUAUGUUUUCUCGCAAUUCAAAUUGUUCUCCUGCAUCGUCAUCACCAUCAUUCUCAUCAUCAUUGUCACUAAAAUCAGAUAUUCAAUUAUUUUCAUUAUUAUCUAAUAAAUAUUCAUCAGAUAUUUUACAAUGGUGUAAUCAACUUUGUUCAUUGCCUUUCUUAAAUGAAAUUCCAAAAUUAUGUUCUAACAAUCGAAUCUCAUCUACUCCAAUUACUUCUCCAACUCAUCUUCAAGUUCCUAUCACUAGUGUUGAAACUUCACAAAUUCAUUCUUCUAGUCCAAUAAAAAGUAAAAAACUAGGCAAGUUAAAUGAUCAAAAUACAACAAUUCAUCAAAGAGCAGUGAUCAAUAAUAAAUCUCCUGCUAAAAAAUUAAUACUUGAUUGUUUGUCCGAGACUGUAAAUGAUACAAUAAUUACUAAUACUGAUCCUAACAACAAAUCAGAUCAUCAAUAUAAUAAAAUACAACAAAAAUGUAUAAAUUUUUUAUUAUCUAAAGAAAAUUCAAUUGAAAACGCGCCAAUAGAUUUAUUUAAUGAAUUAAAACAAACAAAUAUACCAAUUCAGAUUAUUUUAUCUUCACUUAAUACUAUUUUAACUUCCGCCGAAUAUUCACAUUGUUUAGUACUUUUAAAAUUAAUCGAUGAGAAAUUUACUUCUUUAUGUCAUGCUAUACGUAUUGUUGAUCAUGAAAAAGAAGAGAUAUUAUCUUGUUGUCAACAAUCUACUCAAUGGUUGCUUACUGCCUGUAAUAAAUUUACAAAAAUUAUUCAAUUUUCAAUUGCUUCUAGUGUCAUUUUUAAAUUAUUAUGUAAUAGUGUAAAUUUUAUUCAAAUAGAAUGGUGUAGACAAUUUUUCAUUCAAUUUAUAAGUUAUUUAUUUCAUCAACCAUUUAAACAAUUUGAUUUUGCUUUGUAUUUAAUGCCAAAUAUUAUUGAUAAUUGUUUAAGCGGUUUUCCUAAUUUAUGGUGUGAUUUAGAGUUAUUGAAAAAUGAUGACGAUGACUUACAUUCGUUUACCUCAUUGAAAAUUAAUAAUGAUGGUCAAUUUUCAUUUUCUUACAUAACUGCUACAUUAAAAAUAUUGUUAAGUUGGCAAGAAGCAAGAGAAUGUCGAAGUGCAUGUUUAAAAUCUAAUGUUCAGUUGGAUUGUAAUCGGAUGGCUGUUUAUCAUAGACUUCGUGAAAAAGGUUGGUUACCAGUGAAAACAUCCGAUUCAUCAACACGUAUUGAAGCGCAUAAUCUCGUAUUCUCUCAACAAACUCAUCGUAUUCGCUGUUUAUGUCUUCGAUUGGUAGAUGCAUGUUUAAAUGUGUCUCGUGAUCAUAUCAGCUCAGAUGAUUCUUCAACACAUGUGAUGAUAUUGUCUAACACAGUGGUUGAUCUGGAUAUUAUUUAUUCUUUAAGAUUAAUUCUAUCUGCAAUGGCUUUUGUUGUUGGUGAAGAAGCAAUGGUUGGUUUCUAUGAUGAAAAAUCUGCUAGUGUUUCUUCAAAAUCUAAAAAUCAUCAACGUACACGAAGAUAUCGACAAGUGGAACGACACAGACAACAUGGUUUAUUAGGUUGGCUUAUCACAGGUCGAUUACUUCCUUGGUUAACUAAAUGCUUAAAAAUGAAAAAUUUAUCAACAAAUACUGAUACAUUAAAUCUUAUACAUCGUUUAAGUUGUCUACUUACCGAUAUCCUUAUAUACAGUUCACAUUUAUUUAAAACUAAUCAUCCAGGAGAACAAUGCAAUUCAUUGAAACAAUUAAUAUUUCAUGCUGGCAAUCAAUUAUUACAUUUGUUAACUCAUAAUAAAUUCAAAGAAAUCAUUAUACAUGAUCAACAAUCAUCACCGUCAUCAUCAUCAUCAUUAUUAUCAUUAACUUAUCUUAUUUGUUGUAUUCGUUUAAUUGGAUUUAAUCCAAAAUUAAUUAUUCAAUCUAUUAGUCAAUUAUCAUUGGAAACAAUUAAUCAUUGUAUUGAACAUAUAAAUAAUUCAAAUGAAUUAUUUACUUAUUUAUGGCCGCCAUCCUCAUCAUCAUCCUCAUCAUCGUCAUCGUCAGCCCAGUCGUCGUCGUCGUUGUCUGUUACACAUUCUCAUUUAUUGAAACAUUUAAUUGAACAGUCUAUUAUACUUGUAAAUAGUAGUAGUGGUUCCGAUAUACCUGUUGACUUAUUACAACAUUAUAUUCAAACAUGUCAACUUAUUUUAUCUAAGUUGUCUUGUUUGUUGUAAAUUUUUUUUGAUUUGUUUU